UUUCCAGAAAGUUUAGAAGAGUUAGAUUUGGGUGAUAGUUACAAUUUCACAUUGGAGAAAUAUGAUUUACCAAAGAAUUUGAAGGUUUUAAGGUUGGGCAAAGAUUACAACAAGUCAUUCUUAAGCGAUAGUUUACCAAGUGGCCUAAAAUCAUUGUAUCUGGGAUUCGAAUAUAAUCAAAAUAUAAGUUUAAAUUGCUUACCAAAUAGUCUCACCCAUUUAGAAACAGGAUACAGUUUUAAUAAAUCAAUUAACAAUUUACCAAACUCUUUAGAGACAUUGGUAUUGAAGUGUUAUUUUAAUCAACCAAUUUCAAAGCUACCAACCAACUUAAAGUGUUUGAAAUUUGGAGAAUCUUUUGAUAAUAGAAUAGGCCCCAAUAUUUUACCACAUGGUUUAACUAGAUUAGAAUUUGGUAAUGAAUUCAAUACAGAAAUACCACCUAAAUGUUUACCAAUGAAUCUAAAAUAUCUUAAAUUUGGAAGGUCAUUCAACAAGCAACUCAAAGAACCCUUACCAACAAGUUUAACAGAAUUAAUAUUCGGUUUUAACUACAAUCAGCCAAUCAAUAAAAAUGUUUUAAAUCAUGGGUUAAAAAAUUUAGUAUUUGAUUAUUCAUUUGAUCAGGUCUUGUUGCCUAAAAUUUUACCAUUGACAUUAGAGUUAUUAAAGUUUGGAGAACUUUUCAACAGGGAUCUUGUAGAGGAAGAAAUAUUACCCAACAAUUUAAAAAUACUAUUAUUUGGUGAUAAUUUUAAUAAAAAUAUAAAUCAUUUACCAAAAAGUCUCCAGGUGGUCAAGUUUGGUUACCGUUUUAAUAAUAACUCAAUUGAAAAUUUAACAUUUUUUUCAAACGAUUUCAAUAGACAAAUACCGCCAGAUCAUUACCCAGAUAAUUUAAAGCAUUUCUCAUGUGACCAAUUAUUCGAUUUAAAAGAAAUACCAAAAUCAAUACACUAUUUAAAGUUUGGUAAUGGAUUCAAAAAACAAUUAAAACCGGGUCAAUUUGUUAAUUUUCCAAAUUUAAAAUACAUUAAAUUGGGCGAUCACUACAAUACAGUCAUCGAACCAGGCACCAUCCCUGAUAAUAUCAUACAUUUGAAAUUUGGUUCUUUCUAUAAUAAAUCGAUUUUGGAGAAUAGCUUACCAACCUCAUUAACUUGUUUAGAUUUAGGUCACGAGUUUUCCCAGACCUUCUAUCCUGGUCAAUUAGAUUCAGCUGUGAAUUUAUCGAUUUUAUAUUUCUCUACAAAAUACUUAAAAGAAAUAUUACCAAAUUCUUUACCAAGCUCAAUUCAUACAAUU